AUAAGGGCCGGGGAUGCAGAAGACUUGAGUCGUCACCAGUCAUGUGAACAGUGUAGCUGGUGGUGUGGUGGUGUGAGUGAGGCAGUGAUCCAUAGACUUGUAAGGCUUGCAUCCACACACUUAAAGGCAACAGGUAAACAUCGCAUUGUCGUGUGAGGCGGCGGAGGACAAGCAACUAAGAGUGACUCCCUCCGUGCGGCAGCUUAAAAGUGACUCCCUCCCCGCGGCAGCCAAAGAGUGACUCCCUCCCCGCGGCAGUCUCCAGGUCUUCUCCAGGUGAUUUCCCCGCCUCAGAAGCCCCAACGGGAGGUCUCAGCUCACCGUGGUCAUGCCGCCUCGCCCUCCCAGACACUUUAGCUGUUCCAAAAGGCUCAGCAGAGAGCCGAGUCGCCGCCAGGAACUCCCCGCCUGCCGCCGCCCCGCCCGCUGCCUCCAACCAUGAGGAAGUUCACCGAUGAAUCAGGGUGGGUGCGGGCGGCUGUGUGCUUCGCCGCUCUGCUUACCCACCACGGCAUUCGCGACUCUCUCCUCACCGCCUUGCCCACGAUCGCCGCCGCUGACGACCAAACCUCACCCGGUACCACUGAAAUCCCCGCUAUCCUAAACCCUACACACCCCCAAGCCUCUCCCUUAUCCUCAAGCAACCUUUCCCGUGGCUCUCAAGAAUACGACAACUUCACAAGGUCGUACGAUGUCGCGAAGAGUGCAAACUUGACGACACCUGAAACCCCCGCUAAUCUAUCCCCCACAGACCCUCAAGCCUCUCCCCCAUCCCCAAGCAACCUUUCCCGUGGCUUUCAAAAAUACAACCUCACAAGGUCGUACGAUGUCGGGGAGAGUGCAAACUUGUCGCCAAACACUCAACACUCAACAGAAACGACCUUAGGGAGAGGAAAACAAGGCGAGAGGCUGUUUGAAGGACGAGGCAUUGAUGGGGUAGUCGUAAACACACCACCUCCUCCCGUUUUUCAGAGUCUAGCAGGGACUGAGAUUGGGGUCAGUGAUGCCGUGGAAGUGACAGGUCCCUCCUCGCCCUCCUCUUCGUCUGUGUCUGAUCCCACGGUGUCACACGAGGCUUGGGAGAAACUGAAGACGGAAAGAGAGGAGAGUGAUCAUUCAACGGUGAUAAAUGAAGCUUGGGAGACAUCAGAAGCGAGAGGAAAGAAAACUGAUUAUGCUACUGUGUUUCACGAGCCACAUAGAGAGGAAAGUGACCAUUCUACAUCACACGAAACUUGGAAGACAUCAGAGCAUAAAGAAAAGUUAACUGAUCAUUCUAAGGUGUCAUUCGAAGCUAAAACAGAGAAAAGCAACCAGUCUGGGCUAUCCCGUGUCCCAGCAGCCGUUCCCUCAUUCAGACGAAGAACUAGCACGGACGAGGGCAUUAGAGUGGGUGACGGAGUGCCGAAGAAGGAUCAUAGGGGCGAAAAUGUGAUACCUAGACCUCCCUUGUAUCUCCUACGGGGUGGAAAGGGCGCCAAUUUACAUCUUGAAGAAGUGGAAGCCGUGAGAAGCGAACCAUCAACACGGAGGAGAGAAAGAAGCAUUGAGGGUCAUUUGACGGAGAUGGAGAGUAACCCAACUCACAACCUUGUCGAUAUUGGGUCGAGACACGUACAGGACAAGAACAGGAAGUCAAUAACAGCAAAAUCAGGAGUAUACGAAGAAGUGAAAGCCGUGAAAAGCGAACCAUCAACACGGAGAAGAGAAAGAAGCAUUGGGGGUCAUUUGACGGAGAUGGAGAGUAACCCAAUUCACAACUUUGUCCAUAGCGGGUCAAGACACGUACAGAACAAGAACGGGAAGACAGGGACAAGAACACCAACAGCAUACGAAGAAGUGAAAGCCGUGAAAAGCGAACCACCAACACGGAGAAGAGAGAGAAGCAUAGAGGGUCAUUUGACGGAGGUGGAGAGUCACGCCAUCCUCAAAUUUGUCCAUAGCGGGUCAAGACACGUACAGGACAAGAACGGGAAGACGGGGACAAGAACACCGACAGCAUACGAAGACUUGGGACACCAGCUACAAGAGGAAGAAGAUUUGGAGGAAAGGCAAGCUCGAACGUCAUCAGUGGAGGGACAUGAGUUCAAGGAGGACUGGACCCUAUUUCUGGAGGGCGUCGUGUUAAGCUCUGUCUUCUGGGGGUGGCUCUUCAGCUCUCUGCUCGCCGAUACACUAAUGGAUAAGGUCGGCGUCGUGAGGGUCCUGGCCUUGUCGCAGGGCUUGGCGGGUCUGUUCGGGCUCCUCACCCACGCCAUAUCCUUAGCUGGUCCCUGGGCUCUUCUGGCGCUCAGGAUAGUGCAGGGAGCCGUUCAAGGCGUGAGCUACCCGGCGGUGGUGCGGGUGCUGGAGGGCGUCCCGUCAUCUGGCAGGGCUGCUAUGGCGGUGCUCGUCUACAUGGGGCCUGCCUUGGGUACGGGCGUGGGGGCGGGGCUGGGGAGCCUCCCGCAGUGGUACGCCGCGCCGUACGUCAUGGGCAGCCUGGCAGUGGCCCUCACUCCGCUGUGUCUCCUGCUGCCGAAGCCCCCCGUGGAAGCCCCUCACAAGGAGACGCAGUGGAGGCAAGUGCUGGGCUGCCGCGGGGUGUGGGCGUGUGUCGGGGUGCACCUGGCCAACUCCUGGAUGCUGCACACCCUCCUGCUGGGCCUGCCUCUCUGCCUCACCUACACGCACCUCGACCAGCCCGGCGCCGGCGGGUGGGUGGUGGCGGUGGCGGCGCUUGUGGUGGGCGUGGAGGUGCGGGUUGACCUCUUCCUGGCCUCCAAGCUGUCCAUGAAGCGACCUCUCACCGUUCUCACUCGCCGCCGCACCCCCGUCGUGUUGGGCACUAUAUUGGUCGUGGCCGCCCUGAUAACCAUGUCAACAGCUGGUCUGGACUCCGCCGAGGUGCUAGUGGGCGUGGGCGUGGGUCUGGCGGGGGUGGGGCUGGGCGUGGUCAGGAUGGGCUACCGGCUGAACCUGGAUGACAUGGCGCCCCUGGGAGCCUGGCGGGUGACACGGGUGUUGGAUGUGGUGGCGGUGGUGGCGGCGGCGGCGUGUCCCUUGGCGGUGUGUGGACUGGCUGAGGCGGGGCACAGCGGGUGGGUGGGCGUGUGGCUGGUGCCCCUCUGUGCCCUGAUCCCUGCUUCUGUCGCCUACCUCUUCCUACUGACCUCAAACCAGCAGCCGUGGGACCAGAAAGGGGAUGCCAAUGGAGGGGUUCCUAAUGGCGCGGCUGGCGGGGUUCCUGUGAGUCCUGUCAACGGCGUGGGUCCUGCAGCGUCCUCCGUCGGUCGGCAGAGCUUCAAGAGUGCUCGGUCGAACCUUACCUUCAAGACUGCUCGGUCGCGUUCCAGGACCCGCACUGUUUCAUGUCACACAGUCGACGAAGACCUGGACGGCGACAUGCGCAGCGCCGUGGGGACCAACAGCGUGGAGUGCCGGAGCGUGGUAGAUGAGGCGGACCCCGAGUGCGUGAGCGUGGCCUCCUCCAGCACCUUCAAGAGCGACGGGGCGGACAUGCACAGCGUAAUAGACGACGCCGGCGGAACUUCGACUCCGGGGAAGCAGCAGCCGGGGCAGAAGUUCGGGUCGAUGCUGGUCAACGGAGGCACCACGGACCGUACCACCGCCUGGCUCUCCUCCCACCACGACCUUGUGUUGGAGGCCGAACAGACCCCGACCAGAGCAGGGACACACGCCGCGAAUGCCAUAUACGGCCUCUUGUGGUAGUCUGGAGCACGGGGGCCACGCAUAUACCUCUAACUAUACCUUUAUUAUUUGUGUUGAAGAGGGAACAGACCCGAGAGCAGGGACAUACGCCGUCAGUGCUAUACACGGGCUCUUGUGGUGGGCUGGAUCGCUAACGGGUAACAGGUAGCUCAGUUUAUGCCCCGAAGUUUACCUCUGUACCGUAAAUACUUGUCGUGGAGGCGGGACAGACCCCAACCAGAGCAGGGACACAUGCCGCCAACGAGUGUGAGCAUUCCGUCAGAGUGAAAAUGAUGUAGAACGCGAAGGGAGUGAGACAGUGCGAAGUGUGAAGUGUGAAAAAGCGACUCUCUAGGACGAGUGGACGGCACAUCGCUGGAGACCUCGCAGAGUGUCACGCCAUGCUUUGUGGUUCUCUCAUGCAACACGCAAUGCAACUGGGGAGGCGGUGGCUGAGUUGUAAGCGAGCGGGCGCCAUGUCCUGGAGGCCCCACGUUCAAGCCCCGCCCGCCGCUACAAGCUGGCAAUUUUUAGUCAUUAGCGAGUGACCUAAGACUACCCACAUGCUGUCCUGAAGACCGCCCAUCAACGGGGACACAAGAGGCUCAAGUGGCGCUCCGCGGAAAGCAUGACCCAAGCAAAAAUGGCGCCACUAUAAACUCUCCGACUUGCCUGUGCCACUAACGGGUUGGGGGCUACCGGUGCUACAGACCAAACGGUGAAAAAAUGAACAGUGCUGUGUGUCUUGCGCCUCUGUGACACGUGGAACCCAAAACUCUGCCCAAAUAUUGAAGUUCUCCCGUUGUUGAAUGUGAAGCAGCUCCGACGUGUCAUGUUCCGUUCUCAUUCACAGCGGGGUUAGAGAAAUCAUAGCUAUUUGUAGAUAGUGUCAUUAUUCCGUAUUUAAUUAGUGUCUGCAUGUUUGUAUCCGUGUCUGGUACACCCGAACAAAUAUUAAGUAGUGUAUAGUCUCGUCGUCCUUCCCGGGAUAAUAAAACACACACUUACGAAACUAAAAUAUAAUGUUAUCUAAAUGGAUCAUGAUACAAGGUGACACCACGUUCAGUAUGGGCAUGUUACCGCCUCCUCCUCCACCUCCUCCUCCUCCUCCUCCUCAUCAUCAUCACCAUCAUCAUCAUCUUCUUCCUCCUCUCGACCUCCUCAUUUUUCUCCUCCUCGUCCUCUGUACACACACACACACACACACACACACACACACACACACACUCACACACACACAGAAAUACAGAAAUACAAGACAGAUAUUGAAAAAAAAAUCAUAUAGUGACGAAUUGACACACACACACACACACACACACACACACACACACACACACACACACACACACACACACACACACACACACACACACA